GUCCUCGCGGUGGGGUACCUGGAGAAACACCGCAUACUUCACCGAGACAUCAAGCCGGAAAACUUCCUCAUCACCUCUCCCUACGGCCACAUCGUGCUCUCCGACUUCGACUGUGCCAAGCGUGUUGACUCGAACAUGUCCGCGUCCGACUUUGAGAGAUACAUCAUUGGCGUCGACGGGACUGCGGAGUACCUCUCUCCUGAAGAACUCAAGGACGAAGAUGAGUUCUACUGCCAUAAAUCGGACGUCUACUCGCUCGGACUGGCUUGUCUCGAGCUGUUCUCAGGAGUGGAC